AUGAUUCUCCGCCUUGUAGCCGUGCCCGAACUAUGGGAAAUCAUUGCACAAUGUCUUGCGCCGCCCGACCUCCUCCACUUGUCAACUGUCUCACGAGCAUUCAAUGGCAUCACAGAAAAAUAUCUCUACCGAAAGAUAUCAUGGACCUGGAACCACGACAAACCGGAGUCAUCUAAGCCCAUUCAACAAUUGUUGCUCAAUCUAGUUCGCCGACCCGAAUUGGCGUUAUAUAUCCGUGAAUUCAGCGUCCAGGAGAUCGGAUAUGGCCCGACACCACCUAUGCACGCAGACUCGAAUUCUCUUGGGGACGCGAAUGUUGUCGUAAGGAGCCUGAUACAGGAAGCAGAAUUAUCGCCUUCUGAAGAUUGGAUCGAGGGAGUUCUCGACCUGGAAAUAGAGACAAUCGUCGCACUUAUUAUUCUACUGCUGCGGAAUGUUGAAGUACUGGUUAUUGACAUGUUUCACUGUGACGAGGAAUAUGGCUCGCCGACACCGAACUUCAGUCCCAUAGGGGAUGUGCUACGGCUGACUUGCGAGCCUCAUUCGAUAACGCGGGCGACCAAAUUCGAACGUCUGAAAUCAUUUAGCUGGCCUUCUGGAGACGCUGAAUGCUUUCUCGGCUUGAUCAGAAAGGGAGAGGUUUUAGACAAGCUGCCAAUUUUUCGGGCGCCUCGCCUCAAGGAAGUCUCGCUAAAGCUCAGUUAUUUGGAGCCAUCUCUCGACGCCGCGAUGCCUACAAUCUCGUGCUCAGGAUCCCUCACGAGUCUCACUUUGCGAUACACUACUGUUGCAGAAAGCUUUUUGAAGCAAUUACUAUCCCAGAUGAAGAAUUUAGAGUCCUUUCGACUAGACUUGUAUCGGUCACCGAAGGCGUACAUCUUUGACGGCCAAUCCAUCAGCCAAGGAUUGAUGCCAUGUCGCGAGGUUCUCCGCCAUCUGACUGUUCAUUGGGAGGCAUGCGACGAGUAUAUCAAAGUCGAUGUACCAUCUUCGACACCUUUGGGCUCAUUGAAGGGAUUCUCUGCGCUUGAAAGCAUUGAUGCGACGAGCAGUGCAGUGAUAGAUGAUGAUCUAGCACUGGGUGGCGUCCUCCCGCUGACCUUGAAAGUGCUUGUGCUUCGAGAAGGACUGUAUGAUAUCAAUGUUUCUUGGGAUGAGGGUCUCGGCUCGGUAUUGGAAGAGUUUGUUGAUUUGUCUCCUGUGCGGACACCGUGUUUGGCAGAGCUGCGGGUUGGUGUUUGGGGGUUAUCGGGUGAACGGGCAGAACAUGAUCUAAAAGAUAAAUAUCGGCAGAGUCAUGGGGUUGAGGUCUCCUUCUUUGAGUUGCAACACUAA